AGCAGCGCCUCACAACAGUGUGCGAAGAAGUCAGUCAGUUCCGCUAAUCUCAUCGACACGAAAACAUAUUUUAGCCAGUCUAUGAAUCGUCAGGUAUUUCUCAUUGUCAAUUAAGUGGGUAUGAAUUGAUAUAUUGUAGUGGACUUCUCCCCGGUCAAACGUGAAGUGGUUGAUUGGAGUGGAGUCAGACUCAGCAUGUGUGCCUCUGGAAAGUACAGUUCACGGGGUCCCGCCUUGAUCCCGCGAAUGAAGACCAAGCACCGUAUCUACUACAUCACCCUCUUCUCCGUGGUUCUCCUGGGCCUCAUUGCCACUGGCAUGUUCCAGUUCUGGCCGCAUUCCAUCGAGUCCUCUGCAGACUGGAGCCUGGACAAGCGCAGCGUCCAUGACUCGCCCCUGGUCCAACUGCCCAUCACCUGCCCCAUUCCGGAGAGAGGGGACCUCAGCUGCCGCAUGCACACCUGCUUUGACGUGUAUCGAUGUGGCUACAACCCCAAGAACAGAAUCAAGGUGUACAUCUACCCCUUGCAGCGUUUCGUGGACGAUAUGGGGGUUCCCAUCAGCAGCACAGGACUCUCCCGGGAGUACAAUGAACUGCUUACCGCCAUCUCGGACAGCGACUUCUACACCGAUGAUGUCACUAGGGCGUGUCUGUUUGUCCCCUCCAUAGACGUGCUCAACCAGAACUCCUUGCGUAUCCGGGAGACGGCCCAGGCUCUGGCCAUGCUGCCUCGGUGGGACAAAGGCAUGAACCACCUGCUUUUCAACAUGUUACCUGGAGGACCUCCCGACUACAACACAGCCUUGGAUGUGCCUCGAGACAGGGCGCUGCUUGCCGGUGGAGGCUUCUCUACGUGGACCUACAGACAGGGUUAUGAUGUCAGCAUCCCAGUCUACAGCCCACUGUCAGCAGACGUGGAGCUGCCCGAGAGACAGCCAGGGCCUCGGCGCUACUUCAUCCUGUCGUCGCAGACGGCCAUCCACCGCGAGUACCGUGCCGAGCUGGAGAGGCUGAAGGAGGAGAACGGGGAGGCCGUGCUCCUGCUGGACAAGUGCAGCAACCUCUCCCAGGGGGCGUCCUCCGCCUCGGCCCCCGCCCGCAAGCGCUGCUCCAAGGGACACGCGUUCGACUACCCCCACAUCCUUCAGGAUUCGUCGUUCUGCGUGGUGCUGCGCGGGGCUCGUCUGGGCCAGGCCACCCUGAGCGACGUGCUGCAGGCCGGCUGCGUGCCCGUCAUCCUGGCCGACUCCUACAUCCUGCCCUUCUCUGAGGUCCUGGACUGGAAGAGGGCAUCGGUCGUCAUUCCAGAGGACAAGUUACCAGAGAUGUACACCAUCCUGAAGAGUAUACCCCACAAGCAGGUGGAGGAGAUGCAGAGACAGGCACGGUGGUUCUGGGACGCGUACUUCAGCUCCAUGAAGGCCAUUGGCAUGACAACGCUCCAGAUCAUCAACGACCGCAUCUACCCGUACGCUGCCCGCACCUACGAGGAGUGGAACAACCCUCCUGUCGUGAAGUGGUCGAGUGUCAACAGCCCCCUCUUCCUGCCCCUCAUCCCCCCGAGGCUGCCCGGCUUCACGGCCGUGGUGCUGACCUACGACCGCAUCGAGAGCCUCUUCAGGGUCAUCACGGAGAUCUCCAAGGUGCCCAGUCUGGCCAAGCUUCUGGUGGUGUGGAACAACCAGAACAAGAGUCCUCCGGAAGAGUCUGCCUGGCCCAAGGUGGCCGUGCCCCUCAAGGUGGUCCGCACCAAGGAGAACAAGCUGAGCAACCGCUUCUUCCCCUACGACGAGAUCGAGACGGAGGCCGUGCUGGCCAUAGACGACGACAUCAUCAUGCUGACGUCCGACGAGCUGCAGUUUGGAUACGAGGUGUGGAGGGAGUUCCCGGACAGGCUGGUCGGCUACCCGGGCCGCCUGCACCUGUGGGACCACGAGAUGGGCAAAUGGAAGUACGAGUCGGAGUGGACCAACGAGGUCUCCAUGGUGCUGACUGGUGCCGCCUUCUACCACAAGUACUUCAACCACCUCUACACAUAUAAGAUGCCAGGAGACAUCAAGAACUGGGUGGACGCUCAUAUGAACUGCGAAGACAUUGCAAUGAACUUCCUGGUCGCCAACAUCACCGGCAAAGCCCCAAUAAAGGUGACACCCAGGAAGAAGUUCAAGUGUCCAGAGUGCACGGCCAUCGAUGGGCUGUCACUGGACCAGACACACAUGGUGGAGAGGUCCGAGUGCAUCAACAAGUUUGCGUCGGUGUUUGCCACCAUGCCUCUGAAGGUGGUGGAGCACCGGGCCGACCCGGUCCUCUACAAGGACGACUUCCCCGAGAAGCUCAAGAGCUUCCCCAACAUCGGCAGCCUGUGACCGGGCACAGCCGUGGACCCGUUCCCCCUGACAACCAGACAGGCGUACAUACUGUAUAUAAUGAUCUCCUUUCCAAGACUCGCUCUCCCCAGGGCCACUGACCAUCCCUGGAGUCGGCGCCGCGGCUGGUGUGUUUGGACUUGCGGGAGCUUGUAGGGUUGUGUUGCUGCUGAGGGAUGGAAUGACUGAGCAGACACUGGCCUUGAAUCCUGGCUACACUAUCGGCACUUGUGUAGAUCUAACGGGAUUGGAUUCAACUGUACAGCUGUUAGCCUCCUCUUGGCUAAUGUAGGUUACUACCAUGCUUGUAUGCAUCUUAUCCUUGUAGGUCCACUCAUAGUAAUAGGAGGUGCCCCCCAAUCCUCCACCCCCCCUUCUGCCUAAGGCCCUAUGGGCUACUUGGCUGUACUGGGAUGUGUGUGUAUAUUGACCCCAAUGAUGUUGGCUGUCCUACUGUAGCAUGGGGAGAGUCAGCCACACUGCCUUGUUCAGGUUAGUGUACAGAACCGCUAGCUUAAGUGUUUGUGUGAUGUUUUGACAACCUGUAGAGAUGCUAUAGCUAGAGUCAUUUAUCACUAACUGUGUCAACAUUUCUUUUAAUGUAUUUUGUAAAACAAAACACUUGACAGGUCAUUUGGGUUAUUUCAGGGGAUAUGUCGUGUGCUUGCUGCACACAACUGUACUGUCAACUUAGUCUCUAAUUAGAAGACUUCAUUACUGGGGCUUGAGUAUGUUUCUGCAAAGUAAUGCUCUUUGACGAGAACCACUUAGUAUUUGGUUGUUGAAAGGAACUCGGCGCAUUGUUUGCGAUUUACUCUAAAUGAUUACUGGAGCGUUCUAUUGAGAUGCCUCUGCUUGUCCCGCUCAAUAUCCAGGUGCACUACUGUGGGAUCACUACCAAGACUGGACCUUUCUGACUCACUGGUAACAGGUCGUUCCAUAACAACAUUGUUGUUUUCCUUUCAUUUUAAACUUUUGUAUGGUUUUGAGUAGUAUUUUCUAGGUAUUGUCAUACCAUUUAAUUUUUUUUAAAGGAUGUCAUUGUUUGUUUUUAUUUCCCUUUUUUUACUUUCCGAAGGAACAAUGGCUGUGAUGAAAAAUGAGGCUUCAAAAUAAAGAUCUAUUGUAAAAUAUGA